CAAAACCCUACAUCCUCCUCCCCUUUUACCCCAUUUCCACAGAUCAACGCCGCCGCAGAAGCAGCCGAGCCAAAAGCAACAAUGGUGUCCGGUUCAGGGAUCUGCGCGAAGAGGGUGGUCGUCGACGCCCGCCACCACAUGCUCGGCCGCCUCGCCUCGAUCCUCGCCAAGGAGCUCCUCAACGGCCAGAAGGUCGUCGUCGUCCGCUGCGAGGAGAUUUGCCUGUCCGGCGGACUGGUCCGCCAGAAGAUGAAGUACAUGAGGUUCCUGAGGAAGCGCAUGAACACCAAGCCUUCCCAUGGCCCAAUCCACUUCCGCGCUCCUUCGAAGAUCCUCUGGCGGACCAUCCGUGGCAUGAUUCCUCACAAGACCAAGCGCGGGGAGGCCGCUCUCGCCAGGUUGAAGGUCUACGAGGGCGUCCCGCCGCCGUACGACAAGGUCAAGAGGAUGGUGAUCCCCGACGCUCUCAAGGUUUUGAGGCUGCAGAGUGGUCACAAGUACUGCUUGUUGGGCAAACUCUCCUCUGAAGUUGGGUGGAAUCACUAUGAUACCAUCAAGGUAUUGUUUUCCCCCCUGAUUAGCGUUGUUGUAGCCCUUAUUCCAGUGAAUGAUUAGACAUUGCAGCUAGAUUCCACUGAUUUGGUGUAUGGCCUAAUUGUGUGUUUAUGGAGUAGUGGAUUGCAAAUCUGUUGGAAUUUCUAUCCAUAAGACUUACUUAUAAGGUGUUGUGAAGCUGUACGCUGAAAGUUCGCAUUUUUAAGUUCUGGUUUCAUGAAUUUGAAGUGUUUGGUCCUCUGUACAACUUAGCUUGAUGCCAUUGUCUUGUGCAUUAAAAUGCGAAGCAAGUGAAUGGUGCUUCUGAAUUCAGUCAAUCAAACUUUUACAUUCUGUGUAUAUUGUGGGUGAGUACAUAAAGUUUCAGAACAUAGUGAGUUUAGGCGACUUGUUUUUUUGAACGUGGUUGUCGUUCUUAAGGCUUUUGGUCUGUAUGAGGUGUGGAAGCUGGAAUGUGAUUGUGUGGUUUAAUUUAUAUCUGCUAAUGAAAUUACAACAGGAGCUUGAGAGGAAGAGGAAGGAGAAGUCCGCUGUCAUGUACGAGAGGAAGAAGCAAUUGGCGAAACUUAGGGUUAAGGCCGAGAAGACCGCUGAUGAGAAGCUCGGUGCCCAGCUCGAGGUCAUUGCUCCCAUCAAAUAUUGAUCCCAAACAUGAACUUGUUUCCUAUGUUUUGCUGCAUGAUCUUUGUAGGGAUUUAAUCUUUGCAAGUUUUCAGAGAAUAUGUAUUUUGAUCUUUCUGGUUUUGUCGUGGAUUUAUCUUAAGAGAGUGGAUUAAUUUUUGUGAUAGUUACAUUGAGAUCCUCGUUCUUGCAAGUUGCAUCCUUCGCCUGAUUUGCUAUGUGUCAAAUUAUUCGAUAGCUCAUUCUACCUUAACCUGGAAUAGGGAAUGUUCUUUCUUAUCCUGUAGUGCGAGGGCAUGAGUCUAUUUCCAAACAUUAUUUUUGGCGGCUGGGCAUGAGUCUAUUUCCAAACAUUAUUUUUGGUUGAGCCGCCAUUGAAGAUGGCAGUGACAUCCUAUGUUCAGUGAUUUCAUACAAAGU